UUAUAAUGGUGAUGAUGAUGAUGAUAAUGAUGAUUUUUAAACGGAUUAAAGUGGAGUUUUUCUGAAUGUUAAGAUUUCUUCAGCCUCCUGAUUGACUUUGGAGUUUUCCAUCUUGGGAGAGAAAGUGAAGGUGUUAGCAUUUUUAAGUAGCUUGAUCACAUAAACCCUUUCUCUCCCAACCUCACCCUUGCCCCCAACCCCUUCCCCACACUGGAAAUAAUUUUACUGGCUGUUAAGUCUUUGACCUUAUUUUUCCUGAUCUUUAACUUAACUGUUUUAGAGCAUCUCUGGACGUCUGUAUUUUUAAUUUUUUUUUAUUUUUAUUUUUUUUCUUUUUAAUCUUUCAUUUGUUAGAUUUUUAAACUGUGCUGCAAUAAAAUGUGUGUGGUACUAUUUAACACCUAUAAUGGUGAUGGCAUUUUCCCAAAAAGCCAUCUUCCUACUGUUUCCCUUGAAAUCCCAUCCUGCUUUUCCUGUACACUACCCCUCACAAACCACAAGCCGCAGCAACAUGGAUGCCCAGUCUGGAGCAGCAACAGCCAGGAUGACCUGGAGCCAGGGGGGCCUUCGGAACAGAUGUAUACCCUUCCUGGGUGAUGUUUUCAGCUUUGUGAGAAACCUCAUCAUCAAAGGAGAUGGCUAGCAAUGUUACCAACAAGACAGAUCCUCGAUCCAUGAAUUCCCGUGUAUUCAUUGGGAAUCUCAACACUCUGGUGGUCAAGAAGUCUGAUGUGGAGGCCAUCUUUUCAAAGUAUGGCAAAAUUGUGGGUUGCUCUGUGCAUAAAGGCUUUGCCUUUGUCCAGUAUGUUAAUGAAAGAAAUGCCCGAGCUGCUGUAGCUGGAGAGGAUGGCAGAAUGAUCGCUGGCCAGGUUUUAGGUNUUAACCUGGCUGCAGAGCCAAAAGUGAACCGAGGAAAAGCAGGUGUGAAACGAUCUGCAGCGGAGAUGUACGGGUCAGUACCAGAACACCCUUCUCCGUCCCCUCUACUCAGUUCCUCAUUUGACUUGGACUAUGACUUUCAACGGGAUUAUUAUGACAGGAUGUACAGUUACCCAGCACGUGUUCCUCCUCCUCCUCCUAUUGCUCGAGCUGUGGUGCCUUCCAAACGCCAGCGUGUUUCAGGGAACACCUCACGAAGGGGCAAAAGUGGAUUCAAUUCGAAGAGUGGACAACGGGGAUCUUCUUCCAAGUCUGGAAAGUUGAAAGGUGAUGACCUUCAGGCCAUUAAAAAGGAGCUGACUCAGAUAAAACAAAAAGUGGAUUCUCUUCUGGAAAGCCUGGAAAAAAUUGAAAAAGAACAAAGCAAGCAAGCAGACUUGUCCUUCUCAUCCCCAGUAGAGAUGAAGAAUGAGAAGUCUGAAGAAGAGCAGAGCAGCGCCUCUGUGAAGAAGGAUGAGACUAAUGUGAAGAUGGAGUCUGAGGCAGGUGCAGAUGACUCUGCUGAGGAGGGUGACCUGCUGGAUGAUGACGAUAAUGAAGAUCGGGGGGAUGACCAGCUGGAGUUGAAAGAUGAUGAGAAAGAGCCUGAGGAAGGAGAAGAUGACAGAGACAGCGCCAAUGGGGAGGAUGACUCUUAAGCACAUAGUGGAGCUUAGAAAUCUUAUCCCAUUAUUCAUCUACCUAGGCGCUUGUGAGAGAUCUAAGUAACACCAGAUCGUCUCCCCUAGAAUCUUCUGCACAUUCUCACUGUUGUCCCUCCUUAUCCUUCCUGUGUUCAUUAAUUCAUGAUUGCCCUGCGCCUAGUUACAUUUUCACUUCCUUUCAUGCUCCUUGGUAGUUUUGUUAAGUCUUACCCUGUAAGUUUUGCUUUAAUUUUGAUACCUCUUUGACUUAACAAUAAAAAGUUGUAUGGUUUUUAUCAA